AUGAAUAAAAAAGAUGUUUAUGAUGUAUCUGUUCUACCUGACAAUAUAUUUACAUUGAAAGGUGAAGAAUUUUUUCAUGCUAUUCGAUCAUUAGUUGGUGAAGUUAUUUGCAAUAUUCUUCAAAUUCAAAUGAUUGAUUCUGCACAGAACUUUUUGAAUACAGUUGAUGUUUUUGAAAUAUUCAAGUAUGAUUCUGAAGAAAUUGAUAACAUAAAAACCAAGUCAUGCUUUAAAAUGAGAAAUGGAGAAUAUAUAAUUCGUACAGGAGUAUUAAAUAAUAUGACAUAUUUGAAAACAAUAUUAAAAAAAAAAAUUGAAGAACAGCAUAGUUUUACAAAUGAUUUACAAAAAGAAAGAUACUAUGAGCUGAUUGAUCAGAAUUCAAUGUUACAAUCACUGAUAGAUUGGUAUUCACAGAAUCAAUUCACAAAUAAUUAUAGUAAUAAAAAGCAUUUGUUUGUAUCGUCUUUCAUCGAUACAAUAACAAAAAAUAUAGUUAAAUCAAAACAAGGUUAUCGAUAUGAUGAUUCUGUGAAAGAUUUUGCUUUAGUACUGUAUAUAUUAGGUGGUAAACAAUGUUAUGAUUUCAUUCGAAUCAAUAUUAUUGGUGCAUUACCUAAUUUAACAACAAUAAAUAAAUUAAUAUCGAAUGCUGAUUCUAUUUUAACAGAAGGUCAAUUUCGUUUUGCUGCCUUGAAAGAAUAUCUUGAUACAGUAAAUGUAAGAUUUGGUUUUUGUGCAGAGGAUUGCACUGGUGUAAUUAAAAAAGUUAAGUACGAUGUUACCACAAAUUCAUUUAUUGGUUUCGUUACGAAAUUAUCUAAUGGAGUACCAAUUCGUGAUUGUUAUCAGACUGAUUCAUUUGAACAACUAACAUUCUGGUUUGAUAACAUAGAAAAAGCUUCAUUACUAAAUAUUCAUAUGUUUCAGCCUAUACCACAGUCAAAUCAAGCAAAUGCACCUGCAUCAUUUCUUAUAAGUGCUUAUGGUGUUGAUAGUACAUCAACUGCCAUCGACAUAAUAAAUCGAUGGAUUUAUCUUUUUAAUAAUUGUAUCCAAAAUCAAAUAAGAAUUAUUGGUUUUUCUACGGGUAAAAUCUUUGCAUCGAAGUUUUCUUCUUAA